AUGAUAUUCAGAUACUAUACAUUUCCCUGGCGAUUGGGGGGAUUGGUGCUUUUUGGGGCCGCUUCACUCUUUACCUCCCACGCUACCGCGGGUCCCUCAGUUAAUGUCGCUCUACAAACCUCAUUCAAUGCUGCACCAUAUCUGGUAGAGCUUUUAGAAACCGCUGCAGAUGAGAAUUCUACCAGCUAUUUCCCCCUCCUGGAUCGCAUUUCUGAAGGAACAUUUACGGAAAUUACAACGGAAAAGGGCCUCUACGAACGAUUUAUACAAUUACUGCAGGAAGAUGGACACCUUACUAAUCCCGAGUCUAUUUCUUCCUUUAAAUUUGCGUUAUCAUUACGGUCCACUGCGCCACGGAUAGAAGCUCAUUAUCAAUAUUAUAAUACGUCGGUGGAGCCAUCGCUGAUGAUCGCGCAAGAUGCGGUUUGCACUGUAUGGGCGCAUUACGAUGGCGACCAGUAUUGUUCACCCAGUUUAGAAUAUGCGCAGCAGAGCGUGUCUUGGGAUGGGCACGAUCGAGUUUUACCGUUUGACAGAGUGUUUGGAGAUCCUUCCUUGCCUCCAUUGAUACUAUAUGCGGAUGUGGAGUCGCCUCUCUUUGGUGGAUUUCACCACCAACUUAUGCAGCAGGCUAGGGAUGGCCAGUUCUCGUACAGAGUUCGAUAUCGGCCGGCUAGCUCUGCAACAUCGAGGCCGCUUUUCGUCAAUGGAUACGGGGUAGAGCUUGCGCUCAAACGGACUGAUUAUAUCGUGAUCGAUGACCGGGAUGCGGAGCAGAGGGUUCUGAAGGAUACAGAUACAACGAAUCCUACAUUAGCACCAGCUGAAGAUCUGGAGAACGAGCAACCUGCCGACUUGAAACCAUUAUCUGCCUCCGAAGUUUCUACCCUUGGCAUGAAUGCUGCCAGCUUCAUUAUGAGCAGCGAUGACCCGUUCGCGACCCUGUUAAGGUUAUCGCAGGACUUCCCGAGACAUUCAUCAGCGAUUGCUGGCGCCAGCCGUACCUCAGAAUUUACUCAAGAAUUUGAACAAAAUAAAGACAACCAUUUACAAACAGGUCGCAAUGUUAUAUGGGUCAAUGGCCUACAAAUGGAGGCUCAAACUGUCGAUGCAUUUUCACUUCUCGACCAUCUCAGACGUGAGAGGAAGUUGAUAAAUGACCUUCGGAAGUUUGGUCUAUCUGCACGACAGGCUGUGGACCUUCUGACCAACCCAACCAUCUCCAAGAGCCUAGGAACUGACGAUUCCAUCAGAUAUGAUUAUAGAGAUGAUCUUGAAGGUGGCGGUGUGAUCGUUUGGCUGAACGACCUUGAAAAAGACCAUCGGUACGAGGGGUGGCCGAGGGAUCUUCACUCCUUAUUCAUAAUGACGGCUCAUGGCCAACUUCCCCCAGUUCGCCGUGAUAUCCACAACGUCGUCUUCCCAGUUGAUCUGGCGUCGUCAGAGGAUGUUAGCGUAGUUUCUCAGAGUCUUCUAAAGGCCAUUAAAGCGAGGAUACCGGUUAGAUUUGGUAUUGUGCCAUUGGUCCACAAUGAAAAUGCUCAAGGGCAAGCCAAAAUUGUCCAUCAUCUUCUGGAUACUUACGGCCUUGGCGCUGUGAUGAACUACUUACAAGCUUCAUUGUCCGCAGACAAAAUUGGCUCUCCAGAUCAAGCCAGUUUCACUGCUGCGUUGGGAAACCAUGAGUUGCGGAAGGAUCGCACGCCCCUUACUUUUGAAGAUGUUUUGAGGUCGGACAAUUACGACCCGAUAGUUUCCAACACCAAGUCCUACCUUAAGCGGUUGGCAGUUAAAGGAGAUAUACUACCAUUCUUUGUGAACGGUGCUACUUUAAUGCGUGAGGGAAACUUCCUUCAAAAUAUGAUUACAGCACUCUCUAAAGACUUGGAGCAUCUUCAACGACGUGUUUACGAAGGCGCUUUUGAAGAAGAUAUUUGGAUUCCGUCUCAUUUUCUCCAAGAAGCUCUGCAGAAUCGAAGCCCUUUACUCAUCCCCGAGAAUCCUAGUGAAAUUCAGAUCACUGACCUCAACGAAAUAUAUGCCAAUCAUCCGAAUGUUUUUGACACCAUUUUGCGGAUCCCUGCGAGUGUCGAAUCGGACGAUCCGAUGUUGGACUGGAAUAGUAUCAUUUUGAUAGCCGAUCUCGACAGUGGUGCAGGGGCUGAGCUGCUUAGUUCGCUUUUAGAACUUCACAAAAAACAUCCUGGAGUUGAAAUUUUACUGCUGCAUAAUGGUGAGAGCCCAUCGACUCCGGAAGCCCUGUCGACAAGACUCUAUAGCAUCCGGAAUGGCCGUGACCUUGACCCGGCCGUUGUCACUGCAGCUCUUGCUUCUAAAAAUGAUGACUCGGCCUCAGAUUCCGCAGCUGCAUCCGCUUAUUGGAACACUGUUCAGUUUCUGGUGAAAGAAAUUGGAUUUGGAACUGGCGAAAUUGGAAUGGUGGUAAAUAGCAGGAUUCUUGGCCCUCUGCCGUCAUCGACCGUUUUGGGCACUGAAGACUUAGAAAACUUGCUUAUGUACGAACACUCAAAGCGUAUCGGAGUACUAGCAAGGGUGGCUUCUGAGAUGGACUUGGAUAGCAACAUCCUUGAUCCCCUGAGCCUUGCGAGGAUGCAGGCCGUCCUCUCGCUGUCAGCGACCUCUGGCAUAUCAGAAAGUAUAUAUAAUUACGCCCCAAGUGCACGCACUCGUGUAUUUGAAAAAUGGAGUGGCAUUCAUACUGCCAUAUCGGUUUCAAACUCGGAUGACCCCUCAAUCAACAUUGUUGCGACAAUCGACCCAACAACUGAGGAAGCUCAACGUUGGGUUCCUAUUCUGAAAGUACUAUCCGAACUAGGUGGUGUCAGUUUAAAACUAUUUCUCAAUCCCCGGGAGGAAAUAAAAGAAUUGCCAAUUAAACGGUUUUAUCGACAUGUUCUCGACGUAGCCCCAUCCUUCAACGAGGAUGGCUCCCUGGCGAAACCGCAGGCUGUCUUCCAUGGUAUCCCUGGCGAGGCGCUACUGAAUCUAGGAAUGGACGUACCUCCGGCAUGGCUUGUAGCUCCCAAGGAAUCGAUACACGACCUCGACAACCUCAAACUGAGCACCCUCAGAGCAGGCACAAAUGUUGAUGCUAUUUAUGAGCUGGAACAUAUUCUCAUAGAGGGUCACUCGCGGGAUAUCACUCAAGGAGGACCUCCAAGAGGAGUCCAACUGCUCCUAGGAACAGAGAAAAGCCCCCACUUCGCAGAUACCAUCAUUAUGGCCAACUUGGGCUAUUUCCAAUUUAAAGCUCAGCCGGGAUGCUGGAAGAUAACACUAAAACCGGGCCAGAGCGAACGCAUCUUCCACAUUGAUAGCGUUGGUGGGCUGGGUUCUAAACCUACUCCCGGCGACGAGAGCAACGAUGUAGCCCUUCUUUCCUUCCAAGGGAAGACCCUCUUCCCGCGCAUCUCCCGCAAACCAGGUUAUGAAAAUGAAGAUGUGCUCGAUGAGGUCAAUAAACCAGCCACAGCCGCGAAGGACUUCUUAGCAAAAGGCUUAAACUUCGCGUCCGAAAUUUUACACCGCCUAGCCGGUCCCGCGCAAGGAACACACGCGGACAUAAACAUUUUCUCUGUUGCCAGCGGUCACCUUUAUGAACGCAUGCUCAACAUCAUGAUGGUCUCCGUCAUGAAGCAUACAAAACACAGCGUGAAAUUCUGGUUCAUCGAACAAUUCCUCUCCCCAUCGUUUAAAUCUUUCCUCCCCCACCUCGCCGCUGAAUACGGCUUCUCCUACGAAAUGGUCACCUACAAAUGGCCGCACUGGCUUCGCGCCCAGACGGAAAAGCAACGCAUCAUAUGGGGCUACAAGAUCCUCUUCCUGGACGUCCUCUUCCCGCUCUCGUUGGAUAAAGUCAUCUUCGUCGACGCGGACCAGAUCGUCCGUACGGACAUGUACGAGCUCGUCACGCUGGAUCUGGAAGGAGCGCCGUACGGCUUCACGCCAAUGUGCGACUCGCGGACGUCCAUGGAAGGCUUCCGCUUCUGGAAGCAAGGGUACUGGAAGAACUUCCUUCGCGGCCUCCCUUACCACAUCUCCGCGCUGUACGUUGUUGACCUGAAGCGGUUCCGGGCCAUCGCUGCCGGGGACAGGCUGCGCGGGCAGUACCAUACCCUCUCGGCCGACCCACAGAGUCUGAGCAAUCUGGACCAAGAUCUGCCGAAUAAUAUGCAGAGGAUGUUGCCCAUCAAGAGUCUGCCGCAGGACUGGCUGUGGUGUGAGACGUGGUGUUCGGAUGAGUCGUUGGCGACGGCGAAGACGAUUGAUUUGUGUAAUAAUCCGUUGACGAAGGAGCCGAAGUUGGACAGGGCAAGGAGGCAGGUGCAUGAGUGGACGGUUUAUGAUGAGGAGAUUGCGGCUGUGCAGAGGAGAGUGUUGGAGGAGGAGGAGAAAGAGAGGAUGGGAGCGGUGAUUGAGGGGGGUGAUGAGGAGGUGCCUCGGAAUGAGGGUGGAGAUCACGGAGACGGAAAAAACAAGAAGCAUAAGAAGGAUGAGCUGUAAGAUGUAUUUACCUGUUAGAUAGAGAACUUUAUUUGAAUUUCCAAAAAGUUAUGUUAUGUACA